GGAAAAACGGCAACACUGAUUAUAUUCAAGCGGGCUUUAUUCGAGGAACAUUGAUACACGAAUUUAGUUCGAUACUAAGGAAAGAAUUUAGUUAUCAUCUUCACAAUUCUUGACAAAAAUGGGACGCAAAAUAACUGUGGCGGUAACUACGCUCAACCAAUGGGCUCUAGACUUUGAGGGUAACAUGGCCAGAAUUUUGCAGUCCAUACUGGAGGCUAAGGAUAUGGGCGCCAGUUAUCGAACUGGUCCAGAACUGGAGGUAUGUGGCUACAGCUGCGAAGAUCAUUUUCGCGAACCAGAUACUUUUCUCCACUCUUGGGAGACAUUCUUAGAAAUCAUGAUGUCCCCUUUUUGCGCAAAUAUGCUAGUGGAUGUGGGCAUGCCAGUGAUGCAUCAGAAUGUUGCUUACAAUUGCCGCAUAGCAUUCUUUAAUCGUAAACUGUUGUUAAUCCGUCCUAAGAUGGCAAUGUGCGACGAUGGCAACUAUCGUGAGUCCCGCUGGUUUACUGCCUGGACCAAAGCGCAGAAAACGGAAGAAUACUUGCUGCCCCACCUUAUUAAAGAACAGACUGGUCAAGAAACGGUGCCUUUUGGUGAUGCGGUAAUUGCAACCCCCGAUACAUGUAUCGGUUAUGAGAUAUGUGAGGAGCUAUGGAAUGUUCGCAGCAAACAUGUAGAGAUGUCACUUUCGGGUGUUGAGAUAAUUGUUAACGGCUCUGGAAGCUAUAUGGAGCUUCGUAAAGCACACAUAACCAACGAUCUCAUUUGCAACGCAAGCUUUAAGGCAGGAGGUGCCUAUCUUUUCAGUAAUUUACGAGGCUGUGAUGGCCAAAGAGUUUAUUUUAAUGGUUGCUCUGCCAUAGCACUUAAUGGUGAUGUUUUGGCGCGGGGAAAGCAAUUUGCACUACAAGAUGUUGAAGUAACUUUAGCCACCAUUGAUCUGGAGGAAAUUCGUGCCUACCGUGUUAGUCUCCGGUCACGAUGUUCGUCAGCGGCCGGAGCAGUAGUCUAUCCUCGAAUACGCUGCGACUUUGAGAUGUCUACACAUAAUGACAUAUUUAAGACCGCAACGCCAGCAUUGCAUUUUACGUAUUCCUCGCCAGAGGAAGAAAUCGAAUUGGGACCAGCAUGUUGGCUUUGGGAUUAUCUACGACGUUCCGGUCAGGGUGGCUUUUUUUUACCACUCAGUGGAGGUGUUGAUUCCAGUAGCUCUGCAACAAUAGUUUAUUCCAUGUGCCGGCAAAUAGUACAGGCAGUUCAACAUGGCGAUGCACAAGUGCUGUAUGAUAUACGCAAAAUACUUGCUGAUUCUGAUUAUACCCCCAUUAAUGCAGCGGCGCUAUGUAAUCGACUUUUAGUCACAUGCUACAUGGGAAGCGUCAACAGUAGCAAAGAAACGCGACGUCGUGCUGCUCAACUGGCAAACCAAAUUGGCAGCUAUCAUAUUGAGAUUAGCAUCGAUUUGGCAGUAAACGCACUGCUGGGGAUUUUUAAUGCAGUAACGGGACUGACACCAGUUUUUCGCACGCAAGGCGGUUGCGCUCGGCAAAAUUUGGCUUUACAAAAUAUUCAGUCCCGUAUACGCAUGGUAUUGGCUUAUAUAUUUGCUCAAUUAAUGCUUUGGGUUCGCAACAGACCGGGUGGCUUGCUUGUUCUAGGCUCAUCUAAUGUUGAUGAAUCGUUGCGUGGCUAUCUAACGAAAUAUGAUUGUUCUUCAGCGGAUAUUAAUCCUAUUGGUGGGAUAUCUAAGACAGAUCUACUAAGAUUUCUGUCUUAUGCAAAAAAAAAAUACAAUCUUACUGCACUAGAAUCUAUAAUCGACGCUCCGCCCACAGCCGAGUUGGAGCCAUUGCUGGAGAAUGGGCAGCUGUUGCAAACAGAUGAAGAAGAUAUGGGAAUGAGCUAUUCCGAAUUGAGCGAAUAUGGUCGCCUGCGCAAACAAUAUUUUUGCGGUCCCUACAGCAUGUUCUGUAGACUAGUGUCUACAUGGAAAAGCGAUUUAACACCUAAAGAAGUAGCUGAAAAAGUAAAACAUUUCUUUCGCUGCUACGCAAUUAACCGACAUAAAAUGACUGUACUGACACCUUCAGUACAUGCCGAAAUCUAUAGUCCCGAUGACAAUCGAUUCGAUCAUCGGCCAUUCCUUUAUCGUGCAAAUUGGAGUUGGCAAUUUAAAGCUAUUGAUGAUGAAAUCGAUAAGUUGCAGCCUGCCUACGCUCCUUCAUCUACUCAAAUAAGGCCGAAUGAUGAUCUGGUGCCCUCACUUGACACCAGUACUCAGCAAUCUUUUCAUAUGGAUGACUCAAAGCACUCGUCACCAAUGUCCUCUGCAUCUUUCGAUGGUGUGUCUACUGCAGGCCAGUUGCUUAUUGACAAUGUCGAAACGCAAGGUGCAAAACCCAGCGGAUUUUCAAAAGUGCACGUGAAUGUUCUUGGCAAGCUUAAGGAUCGCACUGGUAUACCAGUCUAAUUAUUUGAUAUGUUGAACUGUUAUAUCUUAAUAAUUACCAAGCUAUUGAAAAUUACGACGAUGGCGCUAUGGUCAAAAAGUUCGAUAUUAGUUGUUGAUAUGUAACCGUAAAUGUAGUUAAACUUUGAAAUUAUUGUGUGGGUGAUUGAAUUGAGGUCGAAAAAAUUGUGAAUAUGGAAAUUCAUCGCUUUGGAAUCAGUAAUAUACUCCAAUAACUAGUUUUCUAUGAUUGUGAAUGUGUAAGUUUUGUUGGUAAGCAGAAAACUUUUAACAAAUAUAUGCGUGCUUCGAAAAGUAUUGCUUGAAAAGAAAAUUAGUAUAUGUUCUCGUAUCAGAAACCAACCAACAACUAACGCAUUAUUUAUUACGGGCCACAUCAGUUUUUGCGAAGAAACUAAAAAGGAUAAAUUAAUUAUGGUAUUAAAAGCUACCAGGGAAAAAAAAAACUUUGACUGAACAAGUCAGUGAUCUCUUAAUGAUCUACCAAUUAUGUAUCUAGCAAAUUAGAAUUAAUUGUGAAUGUUCAGAAUGAGAAGAAUAAAAAUGUAAUUAAAUUUAACAUUUUAUAAGUGUUGCCCAAAACCAAAAUAAAAAGAUCUGAAAUCCUA